AUGUAUUUAUUUUACCUUGGCGAACACGUUAAAUGCCUAAUAUUCUUACAGUUGAACCAUUCUGGCUCAACCGCUCGUGUGCAACCAAAUAAUGUUAUGACUGUUAACUCCAUCGAAAGAGAACACUUUGUGAGCUCUAGACAUUUUUUUUUAUGGCCGUUGGCUGAGGUUUAUUUUCGACAGGCUGAAAAAACUCUACAGCACCGAAGAGCUACUAGAGCUUUUAGUGAUUUGCUAACAGGCGGUCUUCGCUGUCUUUAUGCAGUUUUACUGGAUACCACUAUUGAGCCACGGGUUGAGUUAUUAACUAGAAAGCGUAUAUGCGAAAUUUUGUUGCAUCAUACACAAGAAUAUGCAGAUGCUGAGUCUAUAUUGAAUCGAGCAAUGUUAAUUGCUAAACAACACAAUCUCGUUGAAGAAAAGUUCAGCUUACAGCUUUUGCUAGCGCGUAUCUUCAGUAAAACCUCACCGAAAGCUGGGAAAGUCUUACUACUUCGUUGUAUUCAAGAAGCACAAGAAUAUGCGAAAGUAAUGGAAAUGUAUGGUACACAGGGCAUUGCCAAUGCUCAUAAAUGGGUAUAUGAAUUUUAUCUUUGUUGCUCUUCUUUUCAAGGUGUCCAGCAUAUUUCUAAAAACAUACAUAAUUAUGCAAAGCCGUAUAAUCAUCAAGAGAUGAUACUUUUGGCAUCGAUAUUAAAUCAAGAUUUACCAAUGGAAGAAAUUCCAACUCGAACACAUCAAAUAGCUGUUCUUGUUUUGAUAACGCAGAUUGUGAAAUGUGUUAGCGAGGGAAAGAUUUUACAAUCCAGAGAGAAGUUAAAUACUGUACAUAUGCUUCUUGAAUCUGACACUUUAAAAUGGGAAUCAUCUCAUAUAGACUUUACUAUAGACGGAGAAACCUCGAUACACCUUAAAUGGCUUUCUAUUAGUCAAAUUUAUAUCCUUGCUUAUUUGAUUUCUGGCAUUUGCUACUUACCUGAAACUAGUUCAGGACGUGCCAGUAGAUUCCUUCAAGAGGGAUUGCGCAUUUCAGGAGAUUUUGUACCUCAUGAAAUUACAGUGAAUGAGUACUUUGAAACAGAUCAAUGGUUUUAUCGUAUUAUAGAUAAUAUCAAAUGUUAUCUAAUAGCGGCACAUUUGAGCCGUUCAAAGUUUUCGAAAGCCGAGAAAAUAUUAUCCUUGAACGAGGUUGAAUCAAACGUUUUUCGAAAUUUAUUAAAUGGUAUGCUUAAGCAUAAAAUGGGAAACUUCGACGAAGCAGAAUCUAUUUACCGAACGAUAUUGAAAAACCCUGAUACCCCCAAAGAUGUUUUCAUUUUGUCCACGCUCAAUUUAAUCAACCUAUUACAAGAUAGUACUGAAGCAAGCCACUCUUUAGAGUGGUUAGAAACGUCUUGUAAGGAACAGAAAAAUAUAGUUUACAGUCUGUGGUGGAUGAUUUUAAAAGUAUCUAGAGAAAAUACUCACGUUCAAAAAACAAACAGUUUGCUGAGGCUUACGCAGCAUUCAGCAGAGCUUUCAAAUACCCAAUUACAGUAUGUUGUGUUCACAGAACUGUGUACACGUUUAGGAAAUUAUGAGCAAGCUGAGAAAAUGGCUAGCUCUGCACUCACAUUAGCCAGAAAAAGCAAGGAUAGCAUUUGGUCUUUCUUUUCUGGUAAAAAUGUAGAAGUACUAUACCAACACGUUCACGACUUUGAAAAGUUGAAACGACAAAAAGAAGAGAAUGCAUCCAUGUGGGAAGAGAUUCAAAAAAUUUUUCCCUCAAAUUAA